CUGGCCUCAACACCAUCCCCCUGUUUGUGCAGCUCCUGUACUCCUCAGUGGAGAACAUCCAGCGUGUGGCCGCCGGGGUGCUGUGUGAGCUGGCCCAGGACAAGGAGGCGGCCGACGCCAUUGAUGCUGAGGGGGCCUCAGCCCCACUCAUGGAGCUACUGCACUCCCGCAAUGAGGGCACCGCCACCUACGCUGCUGCCGUCUUGUUCCGCAUCUCCGAGGAUAAGAACCCAGAUUACCGUAAGCGUGUGUCUGUGGAGCUCACCAACUCCCUCUUCAAGCACGACCCUGCAGCCUGGGAGGCUGCCCAGAGCAUGAUCCCCAUUAAUGAACCCUACGGAGAUGACAUGGAUGCCACCUACCGCCCCAUGUACUCGAGUGACGUGCCCCUGGACCCCCUGGAGAUGCACAUGGACAUGGAUGGGGACUAUCCUAUUGACACCUACAGCGACGGCCUCAGGACCCCCUACCCCGCUGCGGACCACAUGCUGGCCUAGCUGCCUGGACCCUAGUGCGGUUCCCCAUCUGAGAGGCUCUCCUCGCAGGCGUUGGGGCGAGAUAGCCAAGUGCCUGAGCCUGGGCAGGAGGGCUGCAACUUCCUGCUGAACCCCGCGCCUUCAGAGGUCCUCUGUAGGGUCUUUCUCGGGAUGGCGAUCUGCUCUUGCUUUUCUGUUCUGGGCUGUGGGUCCAGGGCCCGACACCCCCUCCCACCCCCGAGGCCCUGGCACUAAAGCUUUAGACUUGAGGCCCCCACUCUGUCCCCCCUCCUCCUGGGCUGCCCGUCUUCAUAGGGCUGUGGUUCCUUCUCCGGCUGGCUCCGAUUUGGUCACUGAACUCCACCAACUGGACUGAGCCCCGGGGGUCUCCAGGCCCCAGGUUCAAGGCCCAAAGGCCCAGAAUCCAAAGCUUAUCUUGAAAAGUUCAGGGAUCGUCUGACCAGGGGGAUGGGGCGGAGAUGCGGGGAGUGCCUCCCCUGCUCCAGGACGUGGCCUGCUCCCUCCCCAGGACGUGCAUUUGGCUUUGGCCCCUCCCGGGGUUAGCAGCUCCCUUGCACCUGUCCCGCCCACACAACUGCCCUAGCUGACCCCCUGAGAAGUGCUCUUGGCUGACCCCUCUGGUGUGCGGUGAGGGGCUUUCUCUUCCCCUUCCUGUUUCAGACUCCCCCCACCACCUCCUGCACACGGGCGUGGGGGGCUGGGGAAGUUCCCAGUAGAAAAUUUUAUUAUUAUCGCUUUAUGUUUUCGGUUAUUGGUUUUUUUGUAUAGACCAAAGCAAAGAAAAUAAAACUAAGGCACAGA